CAAAACCAUCAGAAUCGCGAUGGGUGUUUUUAUCAGUUUUCAUCCGUGCGACGAAACGUAAAAGCCGACCGAUCCUCUGCAUUGUUUUUAUUGCAUUUAUUUUUGUUCAAAGUUAAAGUGCGUUCAUUAAAAUUUUACCAACACCUCGAUCGUAAGUUUCGCUACUUAGCGCAAUUAUAGUUAAUAUCCGUAUAAACAAAAGUGUUCAGCUGAAGAAAUCGUCCAAACGGCAGCCAAAGAAUGACCUUCGUUUCGCUACGACUUAUGGUGAAAGCCUUUCAUCAACCGGUUAGGGCCCUUUCGACCACUGCGGCGCUCGCCCGGGAUGGAUCGGAAUCUUGGCUGAGCAAGCUACUGGUCCGAAAGAUCGAACCCACGAAGGAAUCGCACAGCCGGAUGCUGAGCGACAAGGAGAUAAUCUACGAACUGCACACGCACAACAUCCGCCCGGACUCGGUUGGGCCCUACAUGGACAACUACAAAAAAUCGGUGGAAAUCGUAUCAUCGAAGAAAAAUCUAACCAUCGAACUGAUCGGCUCGUGGAGCGUAGAAGUCGGCGAUCUGGACCAGUGCUUGCAUCUGUGGCGUUAUACCGGAGGCUUCGAGAUGGUUGACCAAACCAAAAAGGCUCUGCAUGAUGAUCCUGAUUAUGUCAAGUUGACCCAGGAGCGAGGUACGUACUUACGUUCGCGCCAUCUGCAGUACCUACUCGCGUUCAGCUACUGGCCACAGUUGGCACUGCGUAAAGAUAAGAACAUCUACGAGAUCCGUUCGUACCGGCUUAAGCCGGGCACCAUGAUCGAGUGGGGCAACAACUGGGCACGGGCAAUCAACUAUCGCCAAAAUAACGAUGAAGCAUUUGCUGGGUUCUUCUCGCAGAUUGGUCGACUGUACAAUGUGCAUCACAUUUGGUGCUACAAGGACCUUCUGUCGCGCAAGGAAACACGUGAGUCGGCCUGGAGGUCACCUGGCUGGGAUGAAUGCGUCGCCUAUACUGUGCCAUUGAUUCGUGAGAUGCAUUGCCGAAUUUUGAUCCCGACGGAAUUCUCGCCAACUAAGUAAAACAUGCAGCCGAAUGGUGUCAAUUGCUAUUGGACAUGUACCCACUAGAGCGGGACGUCUCAUGUCUUUUUGAGUUUUAGUUUCUCUCAAUGGUGCAUCAGUUGAAUUUAGACAUUUUUGUUUGGAAUUGGGAUUAAGGAUGAAUAUUGCAUUUAUAAUCAUGUGUCUAGAGCAAAAGUGAAUAUCAAUGAGUAGAACCAAUGAUGCCUGUUCUAUUGAUACUAUCCGGAUUUUUUGGUAAUAUUUUCUGAUUAUUGUUUAUUUCUAUGCAUUUAAGUUGAUCAUUAUUGUUUCUAAAUCGUGCAAAUAUAUAUUUGUGUAGUAAAAUUGUCUGA